AAGAGCUGUGGCUAAAGCUAAAGCUAGUUAGCCCCGUUUGUGUUUGAGUGUCAGCGAGUCGUCCGUCGAAAACAACAAGCCCGCUGUCCUUACACCCCCAGAGUGACCGACUUGUUGUCUGUCAUCUCUUCUAACGAUGAAGUUCCAGUACAAAGAAGAGCACCCUUUCGAGAAAAGGCGGUCCGAGGGUGAGAAAAUAAGGAAGAAGUAUCCGGACAGGGUGCCAGUAAUUGUGGAGAAGGCCCCCAAAGCCAGAAUAGGAGAUCUGGACAAGAAGAAAUAUCUUGUCCCCUCUGACCUGACAGUGGGACAGUUUUACUUCCUCAUCCGGAAAAGAAUCCACUUGCGAGCUGAGGAUGCUCUCUUCUUCUUUGUAAACAACGUCAUUCCACCCACCUCAGCUACCAUGGGACUGUUGUACCAGGAGCACCAUGAAGAGGACUUUUUCCUCUACAUUGCCUACAGUGAUGAGAGCGUGUACGGGAACAGCCAAAGGGAAAUCUGAUCCCACUACCAUCCCCCUUCAACCACUACCCAUCUUUCUGAGACCUCCUCCAUACAUUCAUUUAAAUAUUAAAUCCAGCUCAGCAGCCUAGAGUUCCCAGAGUAAAUAUGUCAAAUGCACUUUCAACUCCCAUACAUCGCCCUCGUCUUUCUUACUCUGCAGUCUGAAUUGUAUUUGCCUCCACAUUUCUUUUCGAUAGCAGUUUUGGUUACGUGGUCUCGUGGCCAGUUUCUUUUUCCAGUGUCAUAGCUGAUCAUACUUUACGUUAAAAUACAAACAUAGAAAGAAUAAUAUAAUCAUGUUAGGACCAGGCUCUAUUUGUAGUUACUGUGGGGUUAAGGUAAGACGAUAUAUAAAGAGAGUUCAAAUCAGACCUUGUUGACAGUGAUCAUAAGUCUUGGUCGUCCACUUAUGUUGACUUGCAGGAGAAUAAAGUGUGUUUUUAGUUUAGGAUAUUAUUAGUUCUUCCAGUUAAAUGCAGGCAAGUUAGUCCAUGGCAGAGUAAAAGGAUAACUGUUUUGCAGCAGUUAUUUUCCUGGGGAAAAAAAAAAAACGGAAGUGGCCAGGCUACUAUUAUUUCUUAUUACAUCAGCCUUUUAGUUGAGCGUGUUUCCCCCCAUCUGACCUUUAGCGAGGAGCAUAAUAGAAUUCAGACUCAACAAUCAUCCCCUGCUUUCAGUGGUAAGACUAUUAUGUUGAUUGCUACUAUGAUUAUUGUUGAUAUUAUUGUUAAUUUUAGAUGACUUACUUUCUAAAGGUAUUGUAAAGCUGAGUGCAAUUUUUUUUUUUUGUUUUUAUUUUUAAGUUUGUCUUUUUUCUUUUUUUAAGAAAAAGAUUUGGACUCUGUAUACAGCUGCAUUACUGGCUCUUUCUCUCCACUCAUGACCAUACAUGAUAAAAUGUGAUGAAAAGCUA